CUGGCUCCUGCUGUUCCCGCAGCCCCGCAGGAUGCGGCCGGGCCCGAAGCCGCUGUGCCUGCUGCUGCUGGCCUUGGCCUCGCUGGCCGCGCUGCUGCUGCACCUGUGUGCCCCCAAACCCCCCCCCCGCAGCGUGGACCUGCGACACCCCCAGAGCGAGAGACUCCCGCCCCCCCCGCCAGGAGCCCCCCCCAGGAACUACCCACACAUCCCAUUCCGUCUGAAGGACGACGUCAUGGGGCUCCUGCCCCGCAACUCGUGCUCGUGCGAUGCGGACCCGGGGCUGCCGCUGUCGCUGCCGCUGUUCGGGCAGAGCCGCUCCGUGGAUUUCGGCAGCGCCUUCGGGCCCGACGAGCUGCCCCGGCUGCAGCGGCUGCGGGAGGGCGAGUUCCGGCGGCACCGGCUGCGGGAGGGGGGAGUGUGUGGGGGGGGAGGCCGUGGGGGGGAUACCCUCCGUUUCCUACUUGCCCACUCCCCCCGCGGAGCCUGCCGCAUACUAUGUCCCCCGAUGACCGGGCCCUGGCUGGUGGUCGGGCAACGUCCCCUGAAGCAGUACCGGCACACGGUUGUGGCAGGUAGCGCUCAAGCCUUGCAGGUGCAUGCCCGGGUCAGGACGGCGUAUGAGGUGAACCUGACAGGCCGCCCUGGUGGACGCUGGCGCUGGCGGCGGCCGGUUGAGGGGGUGUCGGUGCGCGUUGACCAUCGCUCACGAAGAUCGUUCCUGCGCUACGACAUAACUGCGGGCGUGCUUGAUCGCCAUUCAUCCGCCGACUUCUACCCCACCGUCACCAUCGUGGUGGCCGACCGCCUGCCUGCCUCGCGCCUGGAACCACUAACUGGUUCCCGACAUGCCUCUAGCAUUGAGAGCCCCUUCGACAGGGUAUCGAUGGUGGCCGGUCGGCUUUAUGCUCAGGGCUGGUUCGCGGGGCGGAACCUGGCCAUCUCCCAGGUGAGCACCAAGUACGUGCUGUGGGUGGACGACGAUUUCAUCUUCACGGCGCGGACGCGGCUGGAGAAGCUGGUGGAUGUUCUGGAGAGAACCAGCCUGGACCUGGUUGGCGGCGCCGUGCGGGAGAUCACGGGCUUCACCACGACGUACCGGCAGCGUCUGACCGUGCGCUCGGGGGGCGCGGGCGGGGACUGUCUGUGGACGCGGCCGGGUUUCCAUCACCGCCUCUCGGGCUUCCCGGGCUGCGUCGUCACCGACGGCGUCGUCAACUUCUUCCUGGCCCGCACCGACAAAGUGCGGCAGGUCGGGUUCGACCCGCGGCUGCGGCGCGUGGCGCAUCUCGAGUUCUUCAUCGACGGGCUGGGGGUGCUGCACGUGGGCUCCUGCGAGGACGUGGUGGUGGAUCACGCGUCCAAACUGGCGCUGCCGUGGCGCAAAUCGGAGGCGGAGCGUUUGUACGCCCGGUACCGGUAUCCCGGCAGCCGCGACGACGGAGCGAGGCUCAAACAUGGGCUCUUCUUCUUCAAGAACCGCUUCAAGUGCAUGCUGGGCAAUUAGCCCGCACGGCAAUUAGCCCGCACGGCGAUUAAUUAGCCCGCACGGCAGUUAAUUAAUUAGCCCGCACGGCGGGUAUUGCGGUA